UAGAGCCACAUUAAGUUCUGCGCUCUUCCUAUAAUGAAAUGUUUCCAAGGGACAAGCCUUUAAUUUUAAAAUCUCUGUCGGAUGUACGAUUUUAAUGCUUUUUUCCCCCCCGAGAAAGUGCAACGCAAUAUUGGGAGCGGAUAAACGGGUAAAAUGGCAGUUGGGAGCUUCCUUUGAAGUGUUUUCCCUUUUUGUGGCUGGAUUGAUCGUGUAAUCGAGAGUGAGGGGCGCUGUGUUGUUUGAAAAGCCUAAUGUUUUCACCGGGUCAAGAGGAGCACUUAGCGCCCAGCAAAGAGCCUAUAAAGUACGGCGAACUGGUGGUUCUGGGGUACAAUGGAUUACUCCCCAAUGGAGACAGAGGGCGGCGGAAAAGCCGGUUUGCCCUUUACAAGAGAGUCAAAGCCAAUGGUGUCAAACCUAGCGCUGUACACAUCCUUAACACUCCACAAGCCAGCAAGGCAGUGAACUGUAAAGGCCAGCACAGCAUCUCCUACACAUUGUCCAGAAACCAGACGGUGGUGGUGGAGUACAGCCAUGACAAAGACACAGACAUGUUUCAGAUUGGACGAUCGACGGAGGGCCCCAUCGACUUUGUGGUGACAGACACUGUGUCAGGGGGCGGGGAGAGCGAGGACACGCCCAUCACUCAAAGCACCAUCUCCCGCUUCGCCUGCCGCGUGGUGUGUGAACGGAACCCACCCUACACAGCGCGCAUCUAUGCCGCAGGCUUUGAUUCUUCCAAAAAUAUAUUUCUCGGAGAGAAAGCAGCCAAAUGGAAGAAUCCAGAUGGUCACAUGGAUGGGCUGACAACCAAUGGUGUGCUAGUCAUGCACCCGCGGGGUGGGUUCACGGAGGAGUCCAAGCCUGGUGUGUGGAGGGAGAUAUCGGUGUGUGGAGAUGUUUACACGCUGAGAGAAACACGGUCCGCUCAGACUCGAGGCAAACUGGUGGAGAGUGAAAGUAACGUACUGCAGGAUGGGUCUCUGGUUGACCUGUGUGGAGCCACGCUGCUCUGGCGCACUGCCGAUGGGCUUUUCCACACCCCCACUCAGAAGCACCUGGAGGCCUUGCGGCAAGAGUUGAAUGCAGCCCGACCUCAAUGUCCUGUGGGCCUCAACACCCUGGCGUUCCCCAGCAUGCAGCGCUGCAGCCGUGCCCUGACCAGCGUCCCCUCCCAGGAGGACAAGCAGCCCUGGGUCUACCUGGCCUGUGGCCACGUUCAUGGCUACCAUGACUGGGGCCACCGCUCUGAACGAGACUCCAAUGCUCAGAGAGAAUGUCCCAUGUGUAGAGCUGUCGGCCCCUAUGUACCACUCUGGCUCGGGUGUGAACCAGCCUUUUAUGUGGAUACAGGUGCACCAACAUAUGCCUUCGUACCCUGUGGCCACGUGUGCUCUGAAAAAUCAGCCCGCUAUUGGGCAGAAAUUCCUUUACCGCACGGUACACAUGCUUUCCACGCCGCGUGCCCGUUCUGUGCAACCCAACUCAAUCUGACACAAAAGUGGGCCAAAUUGAUCUUCCAAGGGCCUAUAGACUGAGUGUGUAGGGGGACAUCAAGCUGAAUGAGUGGACACUGGAUUAUAACAUAAUUCGAAGUCCAGUAUACUGAAGGAGGUUUGAAAGAGGUUGUUACUAAGAGCCGACUCAUAAAUGCUUAUGCGCUUGAAAUGCUUAUGCUGGAGAGCAAGGUUUUGCUCAGAUGAUGAUAUCAAAGUUGCCUUGCCGAUUGACAGGAGGUGUCAGUCAUGAUUUGCCAACAAAGAGUUGUUUUAUCUUCCGGUCCACAAGAUGUCAGUUCACACCAGCAUUACCACAUCACUCAGGAGAUUCUCUGAUGCAUUUGUAAACGGGAUACUUUAUGGCUGCUUCAUCCAACUCUUGUUGAUCUACUUGUCAGUGUAGUUUUGUAGCAGCCCUGCUUUAACGUUUUGUCCUUCCCAUGAUUUCCAAAGAACUUGAUUUAUCUGGUUUUAGUGUGUUUAGAGUUGGAAUUACACUGUGUUGAAAGAUCUUUAGGAAAAGGACUGAGCAUCUAAGUUUUAACAGGCAAACAUUUCAAUGUCUACUAUGUGGGAACUCCCAAAGUUCAGGAUCAGAUAUGCCAAAUUCCACAAGGGGCUUCUACAAAUAAGGAUGCAUUACUGGUUGGAGUAUUGAUUUGGGAAUAGCAAUACUAAAAUGGUUGUUUCCAAAGAUUAAAAUGGUGCUCCUGUUGUGAUUAUGGCAUGAAGAGCUACCAACAUAAAUUCCACUAGAGUCCUUAAGAGUGUGAUCACGGUGGAUGCUUUAUUUUCUAAUUGAUUGUGCAUUAUGAAAUUAGAUUCAUGAUUUCUAAUUUUUAAUUUAUUUUAGCAUUCUGUGUUCACAACGGAGCCCCUUAGAGGACAGGGAGGGAAAGUAGUUUCUGAACAAGUUUUACAUUCCCUUAAAAUAGUUUUGCUUUGUCUCUCAAAAAGGUUUGCGUUCCCUCGCAAUAGCUAUAUCAAAUUCCACAGUUUUUAAAACCAUAAUUCCUACAAAAAAAAAAAAAACACAAACGCACCUUUAUGAAAAUUAACCAUGGCUUCAGUACAGGAAGCAGGAUUUUAAAAAACAUACAUGUACAACAAAUUAACCAUGGUGUUCCUAUAGUAAAACUGUACUAUCCUGUACUUAUUUUAGCAGAAAGAUUUAUUUUCAUUACCAUAGUUUUGGUUUUCCUAGGGUUUUACUACAAAUAUAAAGUACGGUUACUGUAGUAAAACAAUGAAAUAAUUUCAUGAGGAAUUAAGGCUGGGCAAUUAUAAGUUUACAAUAUUUUUAUAAAAAAAAUAUUGCAAUAUCCGAUUACAUAGUCAGCCCCCUGGCCAAGGGAUCAGUGAAUAUUCUUGCUUUAUUGUUUUUGCGUUAAAUUAAAUAAACUUAUUGAAACAAAAAACCAAAGAAAUUUCUAAAUUCAAAUUGCACUUCAAACGAAAUGAAAAAGUGGACAAAAAAUCAUAUCUGUCAAACAGGUAGAAAAUGACAUACAAAUUAAUAUAUAAAGACAAUUAUAUAUGCAAACAAAAAUAAUAAAUGAUUUAAAUAAUAAUAAUAAAUUAUAAAUCAAUUUUAGGUUCAAGGUGAACUUGUUUAGGUUGUAUACACAUGUAUAGGCUAUGAAGUGAACCUGCAGAGUUGCGUUCACAAUGCAUGUUAAGUGCGAACUGCUCCGUGGAAAUAAAGCAAACUAAACUUCGAGCACCUCAUGAGAUGGUUGUAUGUCAUUUGCAGCAUUUUCAUAGAUGACCCUAUUCUUGCAAAUAGUUUUCAGACAACUGAAACAGAAAAGAAAGAGUGAGAACUCUACAUGUGCAUGUUCCACGAGACGUUCCCGCUUCACGCCUCUGAACAAACAGUGCAUCAGAUACACGCACUGACGGCUUCUCUUACGUCUGGUCUUCAAAAUACAAUAAAGUGUGUUUCUUCAAGUGUGUGUCUUUGCAUCUAACAGCAUUUAUUGUCGUGUCAUUCCGAGACGUCUUGCAGUUAGCCGGCCGCUGUGGCGGGUAGAUGAUCAAAAUUACCCGCUAUGUGCAUGAUAUAGGCUACCUGCAUUUGGCAGGUGUUACUAAUUUCAUACCCUGGGCUACUAUUUAAUAUAUCUGGCGACUUCCCAGCUCCAUGUUUGUGUAAUUUCCUGAUAUUGUCGAUAAUCGUCUGUUUAUGAGUGUCGCAAUCGGCAUCAGGAUAUUUGUCAGAUAUCGUCGAUAUCCGAUUACAUCAUCCUAUCGCCCAGCCCUUUAAGGAAUGAAUAAAGCAAUUGCGAGGGAACCCAGAAUAACUGCAAGGGAACGCAAAACUUAUUGUGAGGGAAAUAACUUCCCUCCUGUCCUCUUAGGGGUUCAGUAGUUCACCUACUUCAAUGAUCCCUAAAAGUAUUUGGAAACUAACACUUUUUUUUUUUUUUUUUUGCUCCAUACAUGGCAAAUUAAUGUUAUGUUUUGAAGGUUAGAGUGCAGAUUCUAAGCUUUAAUGUAAGGGUAUUUUUAUUUGUAUCUGGUUAACCGGUAAUAAGAUUAACAAAGGAUGUUGCCAAAUACGUUUGAAAUGGGCUAUAAAUCUUGUUACUGGAAGAAUAGUUUUUGUAUUAUUUACUACUUCUUGAAAAGCUUGUCCCAUAUAUUUUUUGGUACUAUUCAUUGCUAGCCAUGUGUUCAUUUUCCACAUGAUGUCCAUGUACAAUCAAAGGUGAUGUGAAAUUUUUGGGCUAUCCUACAGUCAGCAUCAAGACUUUUCCAAAUAUGCAGAAUAAUUUAGAUUGAAAUCAAACAUGUUAACUUGAUGGUGUAGAGGUCUGAGUCCUAAGACUAGGAUAUAAUUCAUUUUUCUGUUUUCAACGUCUCAAAGUAUACUGUUUUGACUGCAAGCCUAAAUGGACGUGUUUGACACAUGCUCACUACAACUGCAAUGGCAGGCCACACAAAGACCGGGACCGUCCACUUUUUUAGAAAAACUAGGCUGCAUGCGGAAAGUCCGUGCAUACUGUGCUGAUGAUGCAAUUUGCGUCACCACACAGUGCGCAAGAUGUACUGGCACAUGGGAAACUGAAGUAUACUUUAGACUAUACAGUAGGUAUAAGGCACAGUGAUCGCCUGGUAACCAUAACUGAUAUGUCCCUUAAUUUGUAAUUGGUCGAAAUUCAUCCUACUUCAACUUGUUCGGUCGAAAUUCUUGGUUGGUCGUGGAGGCGUUAAAGUUUGUGCAGAGGCUGAUUCUUAUGCCUGAUGACAUUUUUACUGGGGUGUCAAGAUAUUUUAGGCAUAUAGAAGGGCUAUUUUUUUAAAGACUUUCACAUUUAGAGCCUUUUUUUGUGCUUUUUACACACUGAGAAGUAUUUUACUACACAAAAGCCCAUGUACAGUUGUUUUUUAAACAGAUCUACUAAUAUAUUUAUUCAGUUAUGUAGUUUACUCUGUGGUAGGGUGUUGUCAAAACCGAAUCUGUGUGAAUGUAUGAGCCUCAACAACAUCUGGUCGUAACUUAAUUACAUGUGUCUGGAUAGUUGACGCUGUCAAUGGUAAGUAAUCAGAUUUAUUUUGAUUGUCUUUGAUUCAACUUCUGGUUACACCUGUUUUCACACAUUGUCCCGAAACUCGCUCUCUACCACACUCCUCAAUGUCCAUGUCACUGUCAGACUUGAGUGUUAAAGAAACAUUGUAUUAUCACGUCACCAUGGAUUUUAUUUGUACAUGGAAGUUUUGUUUUAUAUUUUUGUCUAGAUUUAUUAAUUCGUUUGGAUGUACAGGCAGUUCUUGUGAUGUACAAUAUUCAAUGUUUUUAAAAGAUGAUGAAACGCAGCUAUUUUAUUUGUAUCUUUUACUCCCUUCUUGAUUUAUGGAAACAUAUCCUAUUGUGAAAUUGUCACACCAAAAGAAAAAUAAAUUGGUGGGCAGUAUAUUUUCUUAAGCAAUGCUACUGUCUGUUAACAAUGUUGCUUGUAUGAGGCUCUUCCAUGUGGAGUUAACUAAAGUAAGGCCAAAAAUGUAAAAACCUAAAUGCCAAAAAGGAUUUAAUGAAAAGGUCUCUUAUGUAAUGUAUGUUUUAUGUCAUUUCAACAGCAAGAUUCCAUUCAUUUCCAGGGAGCACUAUUCUUGUGGAAACAAUUGUAAAGGUCAGUUGUGCAAAACGGGCACAAUAAAAAGUACACUACAGUGCUUUGGUGUUUUGAUGGAACAGAGGAGCUUCAGAACACUAAGACAACAGUGCUUUGUUCUGACAUUUGUUAUACAACUACGUAACAUGAGUUUCAGCUGCAAUCAGGACAAUUCAGUAAACCUAUUUGAAGAACAGUCUAUGCUUAAAUUAACUAUUUUCAUGAGUCUUUUAUAUAAAUAAUGGUAUGAAGCUGAGUAAAUAAUGAGAGAAUUUUCAUUUUUGGGUGAACUAUUCCUUUAAGUAGCUUAUUUAUCAAUCUAUCUACAUCCUCACCACUGUAACAUUCCUCUGGCGAUCUCGAAGGACUUUUUCUUCACUGUUUGGUCUUGGAAACAUACAAUGAAUAAAAUAGAAAAAGAAAAUCAGAUGUUUUUCCCUAUUUAUCUCUUUAAACAUUAAAAAUGUUUAUUUUGGUUACCACUUGACAAGUUCGACUCAUCCCUCAGUUUGUAAAGAUGAAUGUGAAACACAAUUGCUGUAACACAAUGAAGAAAUCGUGAGCACUCGCAUUCAAAUGAAGACUCCAGUCAUACCAGUGUCCUUAUAAAAGCUGUUUUAUUCUACAUGGAGAGGGUCCGCACAUGGGGGCUGCCAUGUUAUGAUCACAUGACCAGCCGAAUACUACUUGCUUAAUCUCAAUAACCGUCCUGUUAUUUGACACCUUAACUCAUUGAUUAAAGUAAUCAUGGCUGACUGUUAAUACUAAAUUUCUACAAUGGCAUCUGAAACUGAAAACUAUUGAUUUUAAACGAUGCUGCAUCUAAGCCACUAGGUAUCAGUGUAAGUCCAAGAUGACACGAAGACAAAGGUUACAGAGUGCAUCUUUAACAUUAAGGGUGCGCAUAUACAGUUGAAGUCAGAAGUUUACAUACAUUUAGGUUGAAGUCAUUAAAACUCAUUUUUUAACCACAGAUUAAAAUUAGCAAACUAUAGUUUUGGCAAGUCGUUUAGGACAUCUACUUUGUGCAUGACACAAGUAAUUUUUCCAACAAUUGUUUACAGACAGAUUGUUUCACUUUUAAUUGACUAUAUCACAAUUCCAGUGGGUCAGAAGUUUACAUACACUAAGUUAACUGUGCCUUUAAGCAGCUUGGAUAAUUCCAGAAAAUGAUGUCAAGCCUUUAGCCAAUUAGCUUCUGAUAGGAGUUGUACCUGUGGAUGUAUUUUAAGGCCUACCUUCAAACUCGGUGCCUCUUUGCUUGACAUCAUCGGAAAAUCUAAAGAAAUCAGCCAAGACCUCAGAAAACAUUUUUUGGACCUCCACAAGUCUGGUUUAUCAUUGGGAGUAAUUUCCAAAUAACUUUAGGUACCACAUUCAUCUGUACAAACAAUAGUAUGCAAGUAAACACCAUGGGACCACGCAGCCAUCAUACCGCUCGGGAAGGAGACUCAUUCUGUCUCCUAGAGAUUAACGUAGUUUGGUGUGGAAAGUGCAAAUCAAUCCCAGAACAACAGCAAAGGACCUUGUGAAGAUGCUGAAGGAAACAGGUAGACAAGUAUCUAUAUCCACAGUAAAAUGAGUCCUUUAUCAACAUAACCUUAAAGGCUGCUCAGCAAGGAAGAAGCUACUGCUCCAAAACCGGCAUAAAAAAGCCAGGCUACAGUUUGCAAGUGCACGUGGGGACAAAGAUCUUAAUUUUUGGAUAAAUGUCCUCUGGUCUAAUGAAACAUAAAUUGAACUGUUUGGCCAUAAUGACCAUUGUUAUUUUUGGAGGAAAAAGGGUGAGGCUUGCAAGCUGAAGAACACCAUCCCAACUGUGAAACAUGGGGGUGGCAGCAUCAUGUUGUGGGGGUGCUUUGCAGCAGGAGGGACUGGUGCACUUCACUAAAUAAAUGGCAUCAUGAAGAAGGAAAAAUAUUUGGAUAUAUUGAAGCAACAUCUCAAGACAUCAGCCAGGAAGUUAAAGCUCAGUCUGAAAUGGGUCUUCCAAAUGGACAAUGACCCCAAGCAUACCUCCAAAAUUGUGGACAACAAAGUCAAGGUAUUGGAGUGGCCAUCAUAAAGCUCUGACCUCAAUCCGAUAGAAAAUUUGUGGGCAGAACUGAAAAAGCGUGUGCGAGCAAGGAGGCCUACAAACCUGACUCAGUUACACCAGUUCUGUCUGGAGGAAUGGGCCAAAAUUCCAGCAACUUAUUGCGAGAAGCUUGUGGAAAGCUACCCAAAAUGUUUGACCAAAGUUAAACAAUUUAAAGGCAAUGCUACCAAAUACUAACAAAGUGUAUGUAAACCUCUGACUCACUGAGAAUGUGAUGAAAGAAAUAAAAGCUGAAAUAAAUAAUCCUCUACUAUUAUUCUGAUAUAUCACAUUCUUAAAGUAGUGAUCCUAACUGACCUAAGACAGGGAAUGUUUUCUAUGGUUAAAUGUCAGGACUUGUGAAAAACUGAGUUUACAUGUAUUUGGCUAAGGUGUAUGUAAACUUCUGACUUCAACUGUGCACUUAACACUUAAGUCGUUAAUAUAAAGCUGUUGGUCUGUGGACAAGUAUACUUUUUUGAAACGUAUGUAAACACAUAAACAUUGACAUCCAUAACCAAUCUCUAAAGUAUAGUUGAAAUAUUUAGUACUUUAGUAAUACAAGAUGUGGCUACUGUGUGAUUGCAUUGAUGUUCUGGUCAAAUAAAUGUUAAAUCCAUUUCAGGGUUCUUCCUCCUACUCUUUUUCUCUGUUCUUCAGUUGCUCUUGCAUUACAUCAUCAAGCCUGUUAUAAAAGUUAAAAGUGUAGAUUCAUUUCUCAACACAACUGUGAACAUUGUUUUUUUUUUUUUUGGAAGAUAACACUUGAAAGAAUCUUAUAAACCAGUAUCUCUUAUGAAUCCCACUGCGUUCAAAACAAAAAAAAUAUCAUUUGGAGAUCUUACAUUGUGAAAUGAGACUAACAAAAUUGUAAGGAUGAAUAAAAAUGGUAAAAUCGCAACGAGGAUACACUCCAAAAUAAAUAAAUAAACAAUUGUGACUGGCUCAAUAUGAA